UGCGUAUAGCAUUAAGUUUAAACUUGUCUCAAGGAGCUUUUUCAGUAAGCAUCUACGCUCUGCGGAACUAGGUAGGCAUUAGGGGGGCUGCACCACCUAUUGUUCAUACUUAGGUACCGACGGAAACCUUUCCUAAUCAGCCUCGAUAAACAAAGGGCUCUGCAAACCCACCACAAAAAGCAGCUCGCAUUCCGUGGGAACGUCCCCUCUGCUCCAUUUACAAAAAUUUCUCCCUGCUGGUCAACAGCCCUCCUUUCAAGAAUCGCCGGCCCUUCAUAUUGAAUUGUUCUCAUUCCGCGAGAAAGGCGAAGUGUAGCAGCCAUGAAAGACACCUUUUCUAUUUCGUUCCUGUUGUGCAUGAUACGAGGAGUAGCCGGAAUAGUCUACCCUCUCCUCAACAGAAGCUUCCAGCCGCCGGUUGGAGUACACCCCAUCAAAAACGUAGACUUUCCUCUCCUUCGCCAUGACUAUUCAUCAUUGGCGGGUGUUCCCAAUAGCGCGAAGUUCCAUGACCCAAAUGUCAUGGGCAUUUGCCGCCUGGGCAGCUUUAGCAGUGACUAUGAAGCGCUUGACCCGUCCACGUUGUCGAAUCCAGCGUUGGCUUUAAUUAGCAUCGCCGACGCAUUUGCGGCCGGAUGUCCUCGCUAUCAAUAUCUGGGCUAUGCGAAUGGCUGGUACCAAGAGUGUCCCGAAGGAACAGACGUUGCAAGGAUGCUUCAGCAACCUGGGUUGCUUCCUUGCUCAACAGCGGCAACCCGACCUCAGCUCGCUCUUUGGAUUCAACUAGGCCCUGUAGACCCGUGGUGUUGCCAUGAUGUGUAUUUUGGGACGCCGACUCCAGCGAACGGAUACAAUCCGGAAGAGAUGCAAUCGAUUGUUCCUCAAACUGGCAUCUCGUCGGAAGAUGCAAUGUACUUCUUCUUCGCCAACAACAUAUCCUAUAUCAACGUCACAUCUGACGAUGCGCAUGAAAUGUAUACCAAGAUUCUCAGGUCGAAGGGAUUCGACUUUUACAUGAUCUUCCGACAAGUAGUCAGCCUGAUCUAUGUGGUAGUUGAAGUCGGGAUCAUAGUUUUGACAGCUCGUCAUGAAGGGUUUCGAAUGAAUCUGAAGUGGGGCGUUCUGAUUGGGAUCUUCCUCAUGACGCUGAUGAUGACGGCGCUGCAUGCAUUGUUCCUGGCUUUCAGAUCAAACAGUUAUCAGUUACCUACACAUGGAACUCCCACACAGAUUAGCUUGAUGUGCUUUGGAUUUAUGUUCGGCUACGAGUCAUUGUCGCUCAUGCUUUUGAAAUGGUUAACCAUAUCUUCGAAUCGCGGAACUUCCACCACACGCCAGAAGUACGCGCUGACGACGUACAGAGGUUUUAUCUUCCUUUCUAUGGUGUGGUUUCCUGUCAUCACAUGUGCUUGUGUCGUAGCCAUCGUGCGAGCGGCCGCGCUAAAUAGUUUGGAUGUCUUGAACCUGUUCUACACGCUCUGGAACACCCUAUCGGGGUCACUGGCCAUCUCCCUUUUCAUGCAUGCACUGGGGUUCCUGUUCUCCGGCUACCGCCUGACAGCCUCCCUGAAUAAGGGCAAGCAGAUGCAAGCUGGACAGAAAUCUGGGACAAAGUCGUUUCUGGCUACGGCCGUAAGGGAAGCGAAACCGUCUGUCCCGAAGGCCAAGAAUGGUUUGACGGAGACUGUGAGAAAUCUGAUGAUUGCCGUUGUGUUUGGGUGGACCAUCAUGGGCAUCGAAGUGGCGCUCGGGUGGGGCCUCGGGCUAGGCUCACGAUACGGGUUCUGGGGGUCGUUCGUAUUCUUUGACAUCUGCAUCGCGUGGAUUGCCGCCGCGUCGUACGCCGCCAUGUCAGCUGGCAUGAUGGAAACGGUGAUUGAGACCCAUGCCGGUUCACGAAACAAGCACACGCAGGGAUCGCGAGACAAGGAUGGGCCGCGCUCCACCCUACCUCGGGCUUCGACAACGGCAAAAGGAGUGACUAUGGAUGAAGCGGACUCUGAGGUUUGAGAACCCUUGUUCCAUGAGGGUCUUCUAUCGACGGGAGAUGAACUUUUAGUGCAUCGAUUUGAAUUUGAGACAUUCCUGUUUCCCGCUUGGUCUUUCAAUGAUAUCUUGUCUUGAUAAAGAAGGGGUGCUUUGUGGCGCUUUCAAGCAAGAAAGGCAUUUCUUUCAGAUGUCCGAAACUUACUGUGCUUCCCUCCAUGUAUUAGGUCCGUUGCCAGAUGCUGGUCACCUAAGGUGUCACGACCAUAGCAGAAUCCUCGAAUUCCAAGUCCUAUUACAACCUAAAUAGCUAGCUAAGUUCGCACACGGUUGCACGGCCAACUCGAAGGCCAGCCGCGUAAAGGUGAUGCACCCUGUAACAGGCGCCAUCUAAAAACCAAGGGGGAUGAUGGUGAACUAAGGAGAACUUAGGAGGGGAAGGAUGCUAUUGGGGG